AUAUUUGGUUGAAGCAGGACAGCCAGGCAUUGAACCGAUCCUUCAUAAACUAGACUCGCCAGGGGUUGCUGCGCGAAAAGAGCCUUGAAUAGUUGUCUUCUGAUAUCUUCCUGCGAAGCCAUUUACCAUCGAAACGGAAAUGGGGGGCCCGAACCUUGAAGUUUUCAAAUUUGGGUUUUACAUCAUGUUCCCCAUUGGCAUCAUGUACUACUUCGGCACGAACCUCGACAGCAAGUUCUCCGUCGAUGGCUUUUGGCCGUCGAAAGAGCAGAGCAACAAGAUCCCAACCGAACCCGAGGACAUCCGCGCCGAGCUAGAACGAUUAAGGCGACGACGGCUGGAAAGAAGGGCAACGCGACUGGCGGAGGAAACACGCUCUCAGCAAGACAUGGCAGGGGAUGGGGCAUAAGAUCGGCGAGGAACCGCUUCGACUGCAUGUGAGGCGUUUAAUGGGUAUCUAAAACGGAAUCAUUUCAAAGGCGUUGCGUUUGGAAAUACCCACUUCAGGAUGUACACCAGGACUUUCGGCAUUGGCCUCUCUAUGAGCACUUCCAAGACUGUCACGCCCUAACUUGUAACGUUAUAUUGUACAGUAUAAAACACCAAUAUCUACAUUUCCAGCGUCGACUGAAAGGUCUUCCAUGUCUCAUUCCCAAGAGAGCCUUGCGCGACAUUCAUGUACACCGCUUGCACCCCUUGUACCUCCUCCAAGGCCUCUAUAAAACUGCAGAGCUCUUCUGCCUUCCCAUCGUCCAAUGG